AUGAGACACGAGACCCCCAAAAUGGCUGUGUUCAUUAUGGAAGAUACCUCGCUGCUGAGGGCCCUGGUCACGUUUGACGAUGUUGCCAUCUAUUUCUGCAAGGAGGAGUGGGAGGAGCUAGCGGAAUGGCAGAAAGAGCUGUACAGAGACGUGAUGAGGGACAACUAUGAGACUUUGAUCUCCCUGGCCGAUGAGCUCGUCUCAAGGACUAACGACGAGGAGUCUCCAGAGAGGUUGGGUGCGCCCCGAGGAGCCAGAGCGAGUGCUUUCCCAGGCUGCGGCGGGGGUGUGGGCGAGGGGCAGCCUGCGUCAGAAGGACAGCAGGGGAAGCCAGCAGGAAACCCACGUGGUGGAGCGAAUCGGUGUGGCCGAGGAUUCAGUGAAGUGGAAGAUGCCGCUGCCUCCCCGAGAACCCCCCCAGAGCAGAGGUUGCACUGCUGCAUGGAAUACAACGAACGCUUUCCUCACCCAUCGCAUGUAACCGCUCACUCCAGAGCCCAUGCUGGGGAGAGACCCCAUAAGUGCCCCACCUGCGAAAAGGAAUUCAGCCGGCGUGCACACCUUAUUCAGCAUCAGCAGGUGCACACGGCGGAGAGACCCUACAGCUGCCCCGAGUGCGGGAGGGGCUUCAGCCGCAGCUCUAAGCUUAUGGAGCACCAGAGACUCCACACGGGGGAGAGACCCUACGAAUGCCCCGAGUGCCAGAAAAGCUUCAGCCAGAGCUCCAGACUGAUCAAACACCAGAGAAUCCACACAGGGGAGAGGCCCUUCCAGUGCCCCAGGUGCGAGAAGAGCUUCGCAGAGAGCACGAGCAUGCUGCAGCAUUACAGAGUCCACACGGGGGAGAGGCCCUACACGUGCAGCUACUGCCAGCAGAGCUUCAGCCGAGGCUCGCGGCUGGCGGAGCACCAGAGGGUCCACACUGGGAAAAAGCCCCAUCAGUGCGGCGAGUGCGGGAAGAGCUUCGGGAACCGCUCGACCCUCACCACCCACUACAGGACCCACACGAGCGAGAGGCCUUUCACGUGCGGUGAGUGCGGCAAGAGCUUCAAGCAGGGCUCGGCACUGAUCGCGCAUCGGAGGAGCCACACCGGAGAGAGGCCCUUUUCAUGCACAGAGUGUGGGAAAAGCUUCGCGCUGAGCUCCCACCUGAUCAAACACCAGAGAAUCCACACGGGGGAGCGACCCUUCCAGUGCCCCGAGUGCGAGAGGAGCUUCGUGCGGAACUCGCACCUCACCGAGCAUCGCCGGAUCCACACAGGGGAGAGACCCUACCAGUGUCCUGAAUGCAAGAGGAGCUUCCGCCGCAGCUCCCGGCUCAUUGAGCACCAGAGGAUCCACACAGGAGAGAGACCCUACAAAUGUCCCCAGUGCGAGAAGAGCUUCAGCCGCAGCUCGGCCCUCAGCGAUCACCGCCUCCGAGUCCACAUGGAGGAGGGCGCUGCGGAGGAGGACAGCCCCUCCGAUCAGCCGAACGCCCCCGGAAGGGAAAGACGCUACCAGUGCGGUGAAUGCGAGAAGAGCUUCUUUCGGAGAUCCCGUUUUGUUGAACACCGCAGAGUCCACACAGGAGAGAGGCCCUUUAAGUGUCCCGAGUGCAAGAGAGGCUUCCGCUCCAGCACAACCCUUACCAAGCACUCCAGAACCCAUACAGGGGAAAAGCCUUACAAGUGUUCUGCAUGUGAGAAAUGCUUUGUCCACUGCUCCAAGCUGAUGGCGCAUCAGAGGAGCCACACCGCAGAGAAACCCUUUAAAUGCAACGAGUGCGAGAAAAGCUUCACUCAGAAGUCGGGCCUCAUAGAUCAUCAAAGGAUCCACACGGGAGAAAAACCCUAUCGAUGUCCCACCUGUGAGAAAAGCUUCAGCAGGAGCUCGACACUCAUUCAGCAUCAGAAAAUCCACAUGACAGACAAGCCCUAUAAGUGUCCUGAGUGCGAGAGAGGCUUUAGACGACACGCACAUCUCAGAGAACACCAGAAAACCCACGCACCAUAG